AUGCGUGAUCACUCGGGAUUUCAGCACGGCUGCCUCUUGUGCAAACGUGCGUUUGCCAUGUCGCAGUCCUGGGCGUCGCAUGCUGCGUUGAAACACGGUUACCGUACGCCGCAGUAUCGCUAUGCCCGCGGCAACCGAUGCCGAGCUUGUGGGUCUGUCUUCUCAAGCGUGGGGCGGCUUCGCAACCAUCUGGGAUCUUCGCGUAUUUGCCUGCAAGCCGUUGAGGAUGAGCUUCCCUCAUUGCUACCUGUUCUGGACUGCCAGAGCGGACACGUGCAAGCCCGAGCGAUCGCUGGCUGUGGCACGGCACAUCUUCCUGAGGUACGUCCGGAGAUUGUGGGUCCGCUGCUUGCACAGCUUCGUGCGCUCACCAGUGGUGACGACGAGUCUAUUUUUGGGCUCAUCUCGACGUUUGUGGCACCUUUCCCUGUCCUGCGUCAGACUUUGGAGGCCUGGAUCUCCGAACUGCCGGCUGGUGCCUUGCGUGAGGCUGCUGAGGACGUUCUGCUCUGUUUUCGGGUUGAGCUGUUGUGCGAGCACGCAGAGAAGCCUGGUGUCAAUCGGCACGCCGUGCUGGACCCGUUAAUUGUGCCCCUCGUCUGGCAGCCACGCCCUGCGGGUCUCCCAGGCUUGCUUUGUGGCGCUUCUGCUGCUGCAGGUGAGGUCGCUCUUGACAUUGUUCCAGGUGGAGGCUGGCGUUGCUACGACUUUUACCACGCACCGCCUCCUGGACUUCCUUUCGCGGGUGCCUUCAUCGUGAUCCCGCCCCCCCCUGUCGCCUCCUCGCCUCUGUGGGAACCGCCAUCCUGCCUUGCGUC